GCGUGAGGCGGCGACGCUGACAGCGGCGGCAGGGCACGGAGCGAAGUACGGCGGCUGCGGCGCACUCACACCGUCUGUCUGGUUUAGUAUGUGUAUAUGAGUGAGUGUUUUUUCAAGGUUUAACGUAAAGUUGACGUUCGAAAGCAUGCAGGCAGAAUCGGGAAUUGUUCCCGACUUCGAGGUGGGAGAUGACUUUCAGGAGGAACCGAAGACGUACUACGAACUGAAGAGUCAGCCCCUGAAAAGCAGCAGCCCAUCGGACCAGCAUGGCUCCUCCAAGCCCCCGCUGAGCUCCUCAGCCAUGACAUCACGCAUCCUGCUGCGGCAACAGCUGAUGCGGGAGCAGCUCCAGGAGCAGGAGCGGCGGGAGCAGCAGAGACAGCAGGCCGCCCAGUACCCACAAACCACAGCGUCCCAGACCCCCGCCAUCAACGUCACUGUCCCCGUCAGUUUGCCGCCUGCUGCACAGGUGCCGAUGGAGGUGCUGAAGGUGCAAACUCACCUGGAGAACCCAACCAAAUACCACAUCCAGCGCUCCCAGCAGCAGCAGGUGAAGCAGUAUCUGGGAAAGCUCGGUUCUCAGGUGUUGAGCUUGCCCUGCCCCAACCAGUCCUCUGACCACGGGGGCAUGCCGCCAGGGCCAGGCAACAGCGCCCCCAACAGCCCUAUGGCCUUACUGACCCUGAACUCUAACUGCGAGAAAGAGAUGGAUGAUGUCAUUGAUGACAUCAUCAGUCUGGAGUCCAGUUACAGUGACGAUAUCCUCAAUCUGAUGGACCCAGGACUUCAGAUGGCUAACACGAUCCCUGUGCCUGCUAACCUCAUGGACAUGUAUGGUAAUCAGGGUUUGUCCCAGCAAGGUCUGCCCAUCAGUAACUCCUGCCCUGCUAACCUGCCAAACAUCAAAAGGGAAUAUUCCGUUUCACAGUCCCCAGCUGUCAUGCAUAUGCUGGAUAAGUCUGGAUCCUGUGGCAAAUUUGACAACUAUCAAAGGCCUGACGGGUUCCCUGUGGAAGCUGAGGUCAGAGCAAUGGCAAAGGAAAGGCAGAAGAAAGACAACCACAAUUUGAUUGAAAGAAGAAGACGGUUUAACAUAAAUGAUCGAAUCAAGGAAUUGGGAACUUUAAUUCCAAAAUCCAACGAUCCGGACAUGCGCUGGAACAAAGGUACCAUUCUGAAGGCGUCAGUAGAUUAUAUCAGGAAGCUACAGCGCGAGCAGCAGAGGGCAAAGGAGCUGGAGAACCGCCAGAAGAAGCUGGAGCAUGCCAACCGACAUCUGAUGUUGAGGAUACAGGAGUUGGAGAUGCAGGCUCGGGCUCACGGUCUGGCCAUCACCUCCUCGGCGCUCUGCUCCGCCGAACUCGCAGCGCGGGGCAUCAAGCAGGAGCCCACGCUGGAGGACUGCCACCAGGACCUGUACACGUUCCACCCGCACCACCACCAACACCACCUGGCCUGCACCACCCCCGAACCACCGGGCACCCUGGAGCUCAGCGACGGCCACGUCAACUACCCGGAGAGCCACUACAGCGUGCACGGCAAGCCGGGCUCCAAACUCAACGACAUCCUCAUGGAAGACACCAUAUCGCCGGUGAGGGGGGGGGACCCCCUGCUCUCGUCCAUCUCCCCAGACACCUCCAAGGACAGUAGCCGCAAGAGCAGUGUGAGCAUGGAUGAGAAUGAGUCACAGGGCUGUUAGCACCCUCUACUGGGAGACACUUCACCUGCAGCAUACAUGUGUACGGUCCUGUCAGCUGGAGAAGCGCUCUCUCUCCUCGUUGUGUCAGUUGUUUAUUGUGGUUUUUUUUUUUUGUUUGUUUGUUUUUUUUAUCCCCAGUUUACAUGCAUCGAAUCUUCUCCAUUUGUAGUUUUUGUUUUUAUAAGAUCUUUGUCUUUUUAAGCCCUUGACCUUGAUUUCAAAGACUGGAUUUAAAAAAAAAAAAAGAAGUCUGUUUGCUUUAAUCAACACUUUGACAAUGAAGUUUUUAUAUUUAAAAUAUAUAUAUAUAUGCAUUUAUCUUUGGAUAGAGUCUAGAUUGUGUUUAUUUCAAUUGAUUCCAAAGAAUCUAGGGAAGUUCUAAAUCAUGGUCAGACGUGUAGGUAUUUUUUGUGGUGGAGAUGAACACUGCUUUUUAAAUCACUAGCAAUAA